UUCUGUCUUUACAGAUCAGACUGGAUGUUUCUGUCGGUGAGCGGCUGUCUGCUGCUCUCUCAGCUGAGGACAUUCUCAACUUUGCAUCUCACAUUUCUGCAUCACCACGGAGCCCGUUUUCGUUUUUUUAUUUUAUGUCUUUUAAUCACCAGCUUCGCAGCUAACCUGCCAUGAGGAGCAUCGCACGGCUGGAGACCUGAACCCGGCGGGUCUGGAAGAGGAGAAGAUGCCUCAUGGACCGCUCCAUCACCGCCAGUGCGCCACUUCAGGGCAUCCCGAGCGCCGAAUAACAAAGAAAUGCCGCGGUUUAGCGUCAGAUGGAUGGUGGCGGUGCUGCUGAUUGCGGUGGUCGGCGGCGCCUUCUUCUUCUGCGAGUAUCUCAUCUACUUCCCCACCAUCCUCAAGUGCGCCUGGCCGAAGAUCAGCCAUGCUCGGGGGGGAGAGGGCAUCGACGACCGGCCGGCGGACUCCGCGGUCCGCGCCAUGGUGCUGUCGGACACGCACCUCCUGGGAGCCGUGGGGGGACACUGGUUCGACAAGCUGAGGAGGGAAUGGCAGAUGGAGAGGGCUUUCCAGACCGCUCUGUGGCUCCUCAGGCCCGAGGUGGUCUUCAUUCUGGGGGACAUCUUCGACGAAGGCAAGUGGAGCUCUCAGAAGCACUGGGAGGACGACGUGCGGCGCUUUCACAGGAUGUUCAGACACUCCACCGACACAGAACUGGUCGUACUGGUUGGAAAUCACGACAUCGGGUUCCAUUAUGAGAUGGACUGGUUCAAGCUGCAGCGCUUCGAGAAGGUCUUCAACGCUUCCUCCACCAGGAUCGUCACCAAGAAGGGAGUCAACUUCCUGCUGGUGAACAGCGUGGCCCUGCACGGCGACGGCUGUCCCAUCUGCCAGUCGGUGGAGAAGGAGCUGAUCAAACUCUCCAGAGACCUCAACUGCUCUCUUCAGAACUCACAGUCCGGCAGCGGAGUCAUGGACAGCUGUGAAGGCUCGCAGCUUUAUCCUCCGACACCUCCAAUCAUGUUACAGCACUAUCCUCUGUUCAGAGUGAGCGACGCCGGCUGUAAAGGACAAGACGCUGCACCGCCUGAAGAGCGACACCUGCUGUUCAGAGAGAAGUACGACGUCCUGUCCAAGGAGGCCUCUCAGAGACUGCUGCAGUGGUUUAAGCCCCGCCUCAUCCUGAGUGGACACACCCACAGCGGAUGUGAGGUUCUCCAUGACAACAAGUACCCAGAAGUCAGCGUGCCGUCCUUCAGCUGGAGGAACCGCAACAACCCCAGCUUCAUCCUGGCGUCGGUGUCGCCCGGCAGCUACAGCCUGUCCAAGUGUUUCCUGCCGGAGGAGAGCACGGUGAUCGGCGUCUACUGCUCGGCCGGCGCCUGCCUGCUGCUGCUGUUUCUGGCCCACUGCCUGUGGAUGAAAGGCCUGCUGCAGUGCCUCAGCCUCUGCCUGCUGGGGAAGCACAAGUCCCUGUGAACUACGUUACCCAGCGUGCACCACGUUCCAGGACUGAGCCACUGGAGCUGGUAAUGUGAAGAUCAACCCCCCCGUGAGCGUGCCAAAAACCCGUCCACCUCGACCUGUUCGUCCAAAUGUUCUUGCGGCACUGUGAAGGACACAAAUCUAUGUUUUAGAUGUCUUUAAAGGACUCAAAGUUUAUUACUGCUGAUACCGACCGUGAUGAAAGUGGCUUAGAGCCCGAGACGAGGACCAAAAUGUUGUUACAAAUCAUCAGCAAGGUGUGUUUAUGAGCUGAACAGGUGCAAAGUGAAGCUUCAGGAAGUUUUCAAGUGCGACUAAAGCGCACAUGAGGCACCCAGUAGGACGAAUCAAAGCUGUAAAUACUAAAACUCUGAUUUACGGUGGUGAAGCUAGAGGUCCGUUGGUGCUUUCUGUCUCCCUCUGAUGUUAACUGUGACCCGACGUGAUCAUCUCACACCCAGCACCGUUCGUUUCCUGUCGUUGAUGUCACGUCACCCAUCCAGGUUCCCGGUCGUUUUUAUGACGCAUAUCGGAAGAAAUAUUUAUCGCUGACUUUCUGUGCCAAAUGUUUGUGAGGGUUUUUGCCAAACUGUUGAGAUGUUUCUGAAGAACUGUACAUAAUAAAUCAGAAUCUUAAGGCC